AUGGCGUCUACGAGUCGUUGCUUUUUUAAGGUUCGUAUAGGGUCAUUGGUCGUGUCAAUUUACGUGCCUGCCUUUCGGCCUCAGUUCGGCUCGUGGUGCCUCACAAAGCUACUGAAGCUGGUCAUGACCUAUUUCCAAUCCAGGGGCAUCCAUUACCUUGUCUACCUGGAUAACUUGCUGAUCUUCUGCGACACAGAAUCCACACUGCGCUCACAGACGUACUUUGUCGUUCACUUUCUGGAGUCUUUGUGCUUCGUGGUGACCAGUCAAAAGUCAGCCCUUUCCCAUUCACUGGUCACUGGAUUGCGUCCUCGGACUACCUGCCACGAAGAUUGCAUCCAUCCAAGAGGAGAUUUGGCGGAUUCUACGCACGGCUAUGGCUCCUCUGCAACACAUACAAAACCAUAG